CUUUCACUAGCCGCUUAUUUACCGGUAUCACACUUUAAUAGUUUCUUAGGACUACUUAAACUUGUCAACUAUUCAUGACGUCUGAAUUAAAGAUGGCGGCCCCGAUCUGAAAAAUGUUGCCCCUAAUUUUCUUGGCAAAUACAUUAGUCACUUCACUUGCAGCCUUGCAUUUUAUACGAUAAUUACCCACGCACUAGCUUCAUUCUUGACGAUUUCUCAAUUAUUCAAUCGAUUUCCCGUCCUGCUCUUACAUUUACAUGUAGCUAGAUGUAAGUGGGACGGGUAUAGGUUCACGUGUAGCGCGAAGCGAAACUUUGAAACGCUCGGGUAGUCGCGACUCAGCAUUCAGAGAGAGCGGUCGCACGCGAUGCCGGCUCCGUCCGCGUUAAGAAAAGCUCUCACGCGCUCCAAACUUGAAAAUAAAUAUCACAUCAAAGGCAAACUGAAGAUGAGAUAAAAUAAUUAUACGGAUGUUAUUUAUUAUUUUCUGGCAAGGUCGGGUUUAAUCGAUAAACGUUUAAUUGUAACGUGAUUGCCCGCGCUGUCGCGUUUUCUAUAUAUUUUAUUCUAAGUGCCAAUUAAAAUAGUUUUGGUGGACAGUGUUUCGAGUGAGAGAUUGUUUAUAUAUCUGUUUCUUCAUGGAAUAUGGGCAUCUGCUUAGAUACUGAACAAAACAAUGAAGAGGUGGAGACAACCGGCGCUCACACGCGGCGCGAGAGCACAUGGGCGGGGCGCGCCACCCCUCCCGCGGCCGCCUUUCCUAUGCAGAACUCCAGCCACGUCAAGUUUGAGCCACCGUCCGUCCCUGUCAUAUUCAUACUGGGCGGGCCGGGCAGCGGGAAGGUGACACACUGCGAUAACCUGAUGCAGGAGAGACGUGGCCUCGUCCACAUCAACAUGACUGAUCUGCUGCAGCAAUACGCCAUCGGGAAUGACAUGCAAGACUUCGGCACACUAUCCAGCAAGACGGUUACCGAGGUCCUGAUGCUGGAAAUGAAGAUGGCGCCUACAGCGAAGACUUAUCUGGUCUCCGGAUACCCGAGGUCGAUGAGGGACGUGGCAGAGUACUCAGAUAAGAUCCAGACUAUAAGCGGCGUGGUGCUAGUCAGUUGGCGCCAGAGGGUCCUUGAGCGCCAAAUCGAGUAUGGCGCCCGCCUCGGGCACGUGGUGCUCAGUUUGGCGCGGAUGGAGCUCAACAACUUCUACAGAAGCGUCAUGCCCGUGGCCGAGUACUUUGACCAGAGCGGGAUGCUCAUAGCGGUAAACGGCGAGCGGAACCCUGAAGAAGUCUACAAGGACUUCCGCACCGCGGUCCUCCAGAUCCUCGGCUCAGUCGAAGACCAGUCCACCAUGAACGGCGUGAGCGGCGUCGGCGUCGGCGCCGGCGGGAUUCCCGGCGAGAUCGUCGGCGUGGAGCCCGUGCCGCAGACGGGCAUGCGGGAGCGGGUUAGGGCUGAGGUGCUGCCCGUGAUGCCAGUCAAUGGGGACGCGAGGAUCACCAGUCCGAAGAUGGGUACGCAACACGCAUCAAUCCCCGCCCAGAGAGAGGAGCCCAGGCCUGAAGUUUUGCCCAUAGCCCAUAUGGGCAACGGCGACAUACCCAGAAUAGUUAGCCCUAAGGCUGAAGUGAUAAGAGUGAAAGGUGCAUCAACAACACCAGCUAUCUUGUGGGUUGUGGGUGGACCCGGGAGCAACAAGGCAGCGCUUUGUCAGCGAUGUGUGUCACUGCGACCCGGAUGGACGCUCUUCAGCCUCGGCCAACGUCUCCGAUCCCUCGCCGACGCUGGCGGUGGCCCAGCGUCCGACGGCGCGCUAGCCCGCACCGCCAUCAGCGGCGGUGAGCUGGCUCCACGGGACCUGGUGACGCAGCUCGUGAGGACGGCUGUCGUGGAAGCUGGACGAGGAACGGGGCUACUGCUGGACGGGUAUCCCAGGGACUUGGAGCAGAUGGAACAGUUCGAGAAGCAGUUCCGCGUGUCACCGCGCAUGGUGCUCCUGGACUGCUCGAAGCUGCAGCUCGGGCGCGGGCGACGCGACGACUCCGUGGCGGCCUUCCGGCGCCGCCUCGAGGUGUUCCGGGAGCUCAGCCUGCCCAUGCUGAAGACCCUGGACCAGCAUCAUCGGCUUGUCAUUGUGGAUGGUGACACAGAUUCGUCCGACGUACAAGCGGAGUUCAUGAAAGUGGUUCAAGAAGAGAUGGAGAAAGCAGAGGUCAUAGCCACCAUGCCGCCAGAGCCGACGGAGAUGCCCCCUACGCCUAAAUCAGACAUGUCGUCAAUGCAACAGUUCACCCACGCCAUGUCCCGAAUGGGCGGAGGCCUAGCCAACGGCUUCGCCAACGGAGGCCUACGCAACGGGACCGUGGGCAACGGGACCAUUCCCAACGGGAACGUGGGAAAUGGGUUCAUUGGGAUGGCCAAUAAUAAGGUAAAACCUAUAAUGAACAACGUGGCAAAAAUCCCAACAGUAUCACAAAUGACCCACGAUGAGGUCAGAAGACUCUACGAACAGAGCUCAGGGGAGGUGAUGACCCUUAAUACACACAUGUAAUUCGAAAACAUAACCUAUACCUCAGAAUAAUGAAGCCUAGAAGUUUGGCUCCGUAGAGACAAAAUUGUGCUAUCUUCAUCUUUGUCUCUCUUACAAAAAACGAGUGA